GCAUUCAGAACACAACCAGAUAAAUUGGGGAGACUGGGGCUAUUUGUCACAAUGGGAAGUUGUCACUCAGUUCAAAACCCUCUUAAAUUAGAAUUAGUUUUGUGAAUUCAACACUCCUGAUUUCUUGGGUCAACUGUACUGGAUAAUGAAGGCCAUUUUUAACCUAUUAUAGGUAAAGCAUAUGUUAUAAUUACUGCAUAAUGUUUGGUACUAGAACCAAACAUUUUGACUUAGUCAAGACCAUCAAAACAAACAAAAGAAAAAAUACUUUUUUAAUAUAUAAUUGUUUAACCUCUUCGUCUCUGGAGCAUUUUUGGGCUGCUGCCUGCAAUUUGUUCAUAUUGCUCACCAUUUACACAUACUUUGGACUAAUUGACAAAAAUUGGUCUGGUUUUGUUUACCUCCAAAAAGUCUUAUUUUAUUCCACUACAUGGCAUGAAGUUCUAGAAAAAUUUGUUUUCCUCUAUCACCUUCUGUCAUAAUAUGCCGAUCUGAAAUGUAGGUGGCGCUCGAAUGCACUUUAACCCUCUCAGAUGUGCUCUCCCAUAGACAUUCAAUCUAAUUUUCAGUUCAAGCACCACCAUUAUUGUUUCAACAAAUAUCAUGGCCUCUGAGUGGACUACAAGGUCAAUCUAAUGUCAUUAGAAAGCUGAGAUCCUCCCCUUUGCGAUAAAUAAAAUGUAUAACAUUUUAUUAUCAAUAAUCAAUAACAUAUAUUUCCAAUGAUUUGUUUAGCAUGCUUUUCCAGCUGGACCGCAUAUUUUUUUCUGGACAUCAAAGAUAUAAGCAAGCACACAAACAAGUAAAAAAUUGCAUCUUUUUUAGAAAACUACCUAAGGUAAAAGCUGAUAUAAAGUUUUUAGCUAUUUGGGUCUUACAGCUGCAGUGACUAAAGAGAGACUUGUAUUUGAUGUCUUACAAAUAUCAUAUUUCAUCAUAUUUCAUUCAGAUUUUAUGCUUUCAAAUGAUGACACAUAUGCCUGACUUGUGUAACCAGGGACUUUAACAUUUUAAGCAUAAACUUUGCUCCUCAGAGUUGAAGAAAUAACUAUUUAAAACAAAUUGUUCUUUCCAUUAUCUUAACGGGUCAAUUAUGGGGGUACCCUUCAAGACCCCAACAACAUCACAGUAGUCUCAAAUGAUAUAGACAAACAAACACACACAAAAAGAUAAAUAAACAAAUAAAAAUAUAAUAAUAAUCACAUAUCCAUAAAUGUCAUAUACCUGCUCCAUUUCUUAAAGAACAUGUUGUACAUACCCAUUCCUCUAAAUGCCCCUGCCUCAAAGGCCGCGACCCUUCCCAUCUCCGAGCACCACUCCUGAAAAGAGGGCGUUCCAGCCAACCUCCAGUCCAAAAUAAUCUGCCUGGCGAUCAUGAAACUGGUUAAGACCCAACACUUUAUGUGUCUACUUUCAAUGACCGCCCCAUCGCUCAAGAUACAGAGACUGGGGCAAAAUGAUACCUGAGUGCCUAACACAUCGCACACCAGAGUCUAACCAAAACCUCUGUAUCUCAGCACACCCCAAAAGACAUGGGUUAUGUCUCUGUCCUCUGAUUGGCAUCUCCAGCAGGUGGGUGUGUCUUUAAGACCAAGCCUAUACAAUUUAGAGGGGGUCCAAUAGACCUGAUGUAAAAUCUUGAAUUGUAUAAGGCAUCUCUAGAUGCAGUUUUUAUGUUUUUUUAGAAUCCUAGCCCACACUUUCUCCUCCAAUUCCAAGUUUAAAUCUUUCUACCAUAAACUCUUGAGAGUGGUUGAGGCUCCGUCCCCCAGACUCUGAAUUAACAAGGAGUAAUACAUUGAUGCUGACCUUUUCCAAAAGCAGUAAUCACCUCGACUAGAGUAUCUGCUGCUUUUGUGUGUCCAUUUCUCAAAAUGGAUACAUUUAAGCACCAGCUGUAUGAUUUCUUUUUCUCCAUAUGUGGCAACAUCUCUAAACUCACCAAGGCAUGAUCUGAGACUAAGAUGUCCAAUUGAGCAAUCAACAACAGAUGAAAUGAGGGCCUUAGAUAUAUAAAAAAUCUAUUCUUGAAUAAAUCUUAAGAACUGAUGAAAAGAAUGUGUAGUCUAUACCAGAUGGGUUCAAAAGUCCAAGACCAAGAUCUUUACAUAUCCUGUGAAGCGUCAAUGUUGCUCUAGGGGGCUUGCACACUUUUGCUUCACUAUGAUCAAGGACUGAGUCCAUCAAAAGAUUAAAGUCUCUUGCCAAUAUUAUAUCAUGAGGGUGCCAGCAGCUUGCAACAUCCCUUCAAGGUCUAUACAAAAGCACUGAUCAUCAGUCUUAGGCACGUAAAUAUUAGCCAAAACCAACCUUUGCCCCUGAAUUUCUGCUAAAACUAUAAUGGCUCUUCCUAAUUUAUCUUUAAUCUGUUUGAGACAUUUGAAUUUUAGAUGUUUACUUAUCAAUGUAAUGACUCCCCUGCUCUUACUUUAGCCAGCACUAAAGAAAAUAUGUCCACCCCAUAUCUUCCCAAAAUGUUCAGCUUCCUUUGAGGAAAGAUAAGUUUCUUGAAGAAACACUAUUUCAUAUUUCUUACGCUUAAGAAAAGAAAUAACUGUCCUUCUUUUUAUGGGGUGCCCCAACCUAUUCACAUUCUACACGGAGAAAGAUAACCCACUCGUAUUAACAUUUGACAUUUUUAUAUAACACAAAUAAAUUGUGCAUCAAUAACAAGAUUAUAAAGACCACAUUUCAACAUCAGUGUAAUAAUCAAAUCCUGAUCUACCACCGACCUAACAAACAGAAAAAAAAAAGGUGUGCAUUAACCCCGCGCAAAAGGUCCAAGUAUGCCUAUGAGAUCCCCGUGACAAUUUUUCCAUCAGAUUGCUCAAGUCUGGUGCUUCUGCACAACUUUUGUGAGGCAAAUAACAUUACAGAAAAUACUUUGUAAAACAAACCUCAGCAAAUAGGUAGAAUUAAAAACAAGAAUGUGUAGAUUAAUUUACAGAACUGUCUCGAAGGUGUGUUCCUCCACAAAACAAAUUCCAGCACAAAAAUAAAUAAAUAAAUAAAUAUAUAUAUAUAUAUAUAUACACACACACACACACAUACUUACACAUAUACAUACAUAUACACACAUGUACAUAAAAUAAUAAAAAACGAAUAUAUAUAAAGCCGUUCAGAUUCCUCGGACAGUCAAAUGAGUGUUCAGUGAGCCGGCUGUUAAUGAGUGCAUCAGAUGACAUAAUACUUGCAAUAUCCUGCAAAACAUACUCCACAAAACAAAUUCCAGCCAACAGGAGGCAUAAGCCCAAAGAACGAGCAGAUUCAUCCACAAAUGUCUCGAAGCAGUGUUAUUCCACAAAACAAACUCCAGCCGCUAGACCGAGCCAGCACAAAAAGAAACAAAACAGUUUCCUCAGAUGGUCAAUUGUGUAUUGAGUGAGUCAAAUUCACUCAGAGGCCACAUAAAAAACACACCACAACUUCCUCAGUCCGUCAACUUUAUAAAAUACAUUGCUUAUUGUGGACAUCUAGAUAUUUUGCGGCCAUCCUUGGUAUCAUUCUCAAUCUGGUCAGGAACUUCAGUGUAAAAGUCAUCUUCCGUUGAUAUAAGAAUUUCUUAAAGUAGUGUUAUUACACAAAACAAACUCCGGAACAAAUACAAACAGAAACAAAAAAUGCCGCCCAGCUUCCUCAGACUGCCAAGAGUAAGUACAGCGAAUCAUUCCACUCUGGAGCCACGUAAGAAACACCAAAUAGCUUACUCACCCAAUGUUUUCCCAAGGACAGUGCUUGCUUGGGACAUGUAUGUAAAUACUUUGUGGCCAUCCUUAGUAUCUGUUCUCAAUUUGGUCGGAAACAUCAGAGCAAAAGCGAUCUUCCGUUGAUGAAAGAGUUUCUUGCAUUCCUUGAAUCGAUCACGUUUCUCUCUUGUCGAAUUCGCAAAGACCGGGAAAAAAAAAGAGUAUUCUUCCAAGAAAGCUUUCCUUUGCUCCUUGGCUUGCAUAACACAAGAUCUUUAUCGGAUGAUCUGAGAAAUUUGGCCAGAUUUGAUAGGGGCCUGUCUCCCUCAGCGGAUCUCCGGGCCGGGACUCUGUGAGCUCGCUCCAUUUCCAGCUUGUGGCCUUUUAUGCCGAGCAGACUCGGGCAGAGCUCAUCUAGGAAUAUCGCCAUAACUCUGCCCUCCUCAUGCUCAGGAAUUCCAACAAUUUGCACGUUAUUCCUCCUACCGUGGUUCUCAAUGUCUUCCAGCUUUUCAAAAACAUGUUGUAAAUCUGCCUUGGUUGCCAACGGAUUAGCAGCCAAUUCCCUCUCUGAUGACUCGAUCCGUCUCUCGGCAUCCCUGAUUCUUGUAACUAACUCAGUUAUUUUUUUCGACGUAUUACAACAAGAUCCUCCAAGUCUGCAAGAACUUUUGUCAGCAUCACAAACAUGCUCGUCAGUUGAUGCUAAAUUUGUCCUGCCGCACCAUCCGAACCGAGUCCCUGGUCUGAGGGACUAUCUAAGUUAUCAGCUUGAGCAUCAUAAGAUACUACAGCGAGAAAACACCGAGCUGAAGAGGAGACUUCAAGCUCAUGGAGAAAUAUAUUUCUUACAGAACAUUGAUGGAGUCCACGUUUAUGAAAACGAAUCCGAUGUUGAUAAGGUUUCUAAUUCAGGACAGUCCACAUCACAAGUGAGAUUCUUCUCAGAUGAUGACCAGGUUCCUUUGCAGAGGAAUUUCUGAGUAGAAACAGAUAAAAAAAAAAAUAAACGACCAUGGCUCCUGAAACACUACCAACAUCCCCAGCAGAUGUGACAUUACAAACCUUCAAACACUUCAUUCCACUUUAAAGAUUUUAGAUUCUCAUAAUCUCAUAAUAUAUAUAUAUUUUGAGAUUAUGAGAAUUGUUUUAUAUAUAUAUUCACAAAUAAACCUUUGUUUGAACUUUA